GGCAAAGCCGUAAAGUGCAUCAGACUCAUAGUGGAACGGACUAGUGAUUGGUUGGCAGAGCUCGGAAGAUUCGACGACCGAUCAGACGAUGAAGGGGUAUACGGCGCGUUUAGUUGACGAGGAAGUCGAACUCGAGGCCCAUACGGAGGUGGAUGAGCAGCAGCAGCAGGAGGAGGCGCGGAGCGUGCGGUGCGAGUGCUGCGGCAUGGCGGAGGAUUGCACCCCGGGAUACGUCCGCCGCGUCCGGGCGCGCUUCGAGGGGAGGCUGGUCUGCGGGCUGUGCGCGGAGGCCGUGAGCGAGCGGCGGCGGCGCGAGCCGGCGCUGACGGUGGGCGAGGCCGUCGAGUCGCACGCGUCGCUCUGCGACAGGUUCAACCGCACCGUGCGGCUCAACCCCACGCUGUCGCUCGUGCGCUCCAUGCGCGACAUCGCAAGGACCAACUGCCUCAGCCGGCAUCGCUCCGCGCGAGCGGAUGCCUGCGCCGCCGGUGGCGCCUCCAAGCAGAUCGGCAGGGUCGAGAGCUGCACGAUGCCAUACGUUUGACGGUUCGAUCGCCAUUACACCAAUAUUGUUGUACUCAAUUGUAUAGGUUACUGUUGACUGAUGUUGCAUCUAAAUACAGUAUUCCACUAACAGAAUAUGUGUAACUUUGUACAUGACGUAUUCAAUCAGGUUAAAGAAAUUUCGCUGAUUA